UUUGCGUGUGCAGGACCCGCAAGGACUUCAAGUAUAAUGUCCUGCCGUCAAUUAUACAGUUAGAAAUGCCCCGAAACGGCCGAUGUAAAUAGGGCCACUUGUCCUUCAUGUCGCUCUCAGCGUUGCUGUGGGAAGCGCCGAUGAAACCGAUUGCUUUGUCACAUGUGGGUCUGUAAUCUGGAACCGUUUGGCUUUUGUUUCGUAAGUAGGGAAUGAACGACGAGAAAACAUUGGGCAGCUGCAAGAGAAACUCUGGGUGCUCCAGUAUUGAGCAAAUGCUGGCUGUGAACCCUGGGAAGACGCCCAUCAGUUUGCUGCAGGAGUAUGGAACGCGGAUAGGCAAGACCCCCGUGUAUGACCUGCUGAAGGCGGAGGGUCAGGCCCACCAGCCCAACUUCACUUUCCGCGUGUCUGUGGGCGAGAUCAGCUGCACCGGCCAGGGGCCCAGCAAGAAGGCUGCUAAGCACAAGGCCGCGGAGGCUGCCCUCAAGAUGCUUAAAGGAGGGAUGGAUGGGAUCGGUGCAGAGCUUUGCAGUCCUGAAGCGAGCGGCGUUUGCAUUGGGGCAGGAGACGACGAUGAUGUAAUUGGGGUGAAGGCACCCAUGGAUGGAGUACACUCUCAGCCAGACUUGAAAAUGUCCAGCUCCACACCGCAGGCAGAAUGCAAUCCAGUAGGUGCCCUACAGGAGCUGGUGGUGCAGAAGGGUUGGCGAUUGCCGGAGUACACCGUGACCCAGGAGUCAGGCCCGGCUCACCGUAAGGAGUUCACCAUGACGUGCCGAGUGGAGAGAUUCGUUGAGAUCGGAAGCGGCACAUCCAAGAAGCUGGCCAAGCGCAAUGCGGCAGCGAAGAUGCUCUCCCGCAUCCACGACGUGCCCAUGGAGCUGCGGAGCAACCAAGAGGCCGAGGCUGAGGAUGACACAUUCAGUAUGCACAUGAGCGGCCGACUCGAUGGAGGCAAAGGCAAAAAUUUUGGCUGCACAUGGGACUCGCUGAGGAACUCGGCGGGGGAGAAGAUCCUGCAGCUGCGCAGCCAGCCUCUGGGGGAACCCGACUCUAACUUCUGCGCCCUGCUGCAGGACCUGUCCGAAGAGCAGCGCUUCGACGUCAGCUACCUGGACCUGGAAGAACGCAGUCUGAGCGGCAUGUCCCAGUGCCUGGUGGAGCUGUCUACCCAACCCGUCACAGUGUGCCAUGGAUUCGCGCCCAGCCUGGAUGCCGCCCGUGCCAGUGCCGCCCGCAAUGCGCUGCAGUACCUCAAGAUCAUGGCUGGCACCAAGUGACCGUCCAGCAGCCCCUCCCACCCAAGCACCGCCCUCUGUGACCUAGACGUCUGUGCCAUCCUUCCAUCCAUCGUUCCAGCCUGCCCGGGCUGGGUUGCCAUGGCGGAUGUGAGUCCCCCACCUCCCCUCCACCCUGGGUCUGCGUCUUAGGGACUCUGAAGAGAAGGAUUUAGGUGGCAGUCAAAAAAUUAGUGGGUAACUGAAGGUGGAAAUCAAGCUUGAAUUCUUGAUCCCCACCAAAGCGACUCCCUUUAACGUCUUCGUUGUGUCUGAGCUGCGGAUUUCAAACUUCUGUUUCCAUAGAUAACGGUGAGGGAUUCAGGGGCGUCUUGGAGUCACGAACUGCUAAAGAUGUACGUGCUUCCCCAAUUAAGAAUGUUUCUGUCCGUUUUCCGCAUUGGGCAUCUUAGGUCAGUUCAUGUAUUUUUUUUUUUUUUAACUUUUCAUGGAAACGAUAUUGAUGUUUUUUUGUCAUUUUUAUUCUUCCAGCAAAACUAUUUUAAAUGUCAAAACUCAAACGGGAGGUUUCAAAGAUUAUUGUAGGUAGUCUGGGAUUUAAGACGCGACGCAUUGUUGCAUUUUGGCCCCCUGUGCGAUGGAGGUGUUUUACGUGGUCGUCACUCCUCAGCGGAAAUGGGUGAGCAGGUGAGCACUUGAACUUAUUAGAUAAGAGAUGCGUCCGCCCACCAUUUUUAAGGUUUAACCUACAGUUUAGCAGGAAAAUCAAUAAAUGGCAAAGUUUUAUUUAUACCUCAUUAAUUUAACACUCUUGAAAUUCUGUUUUUAAAUGAUUUUCAAAUAAACUUAUUUUGAGUCUGGCAUAA